AUGUCUUCAAUUAUAUUCAAGGCACCUGUUACUGGACUCUUGGCUGGGUUGGCUCUCCCCCCCCUCAUUACUAAGCUUUUACUUCAACCAGCCAUAAUUCAAUCCAAGUAUGAUGAAAUUGACUCUCUUAAACACGAAGUAGAUUACGCCGGUUGGAAGGUUAGAACUAUGGAAGAAGGGUACGGCUUACAAGAAGCUGAAGUGUAUGUCCCCUCCAGCUACCACGAGGGCCAUCAUUGA